UUUAGUUAGCUACAGUGUUUGCGGUAGAUUACAAGGAGCAUUGUAGCACAGUUUUGACAUAUAUAAUACUUCUAUAUAAACAAAAAUACUACGCCUACAAAGUAGUCAUUCAAAUAUUUUAAUUAAUCGCAAAAGAGAUCAAAAUUUUAAUAUCGUAAUAUGAAAUAAUCUAGUUGUGACUAGCCAAGUUUAAAUGCCGUAAAGACGUAAGGAUGUAUUUAUGUUCGAACGUGUUCGGAUAUUACCUACAAUUGUGUUGAGAUAUGCUUUGGAUUAUUUCCAAAGAUUUAAAAAUUUUACCUACUGACGGAUAUAAUAGCGAUACCAUAAGAAUAUAUAUCAUACAACAACGAGGUCAUUAAUUAUAAGAAUUAGAUUAAACAAGGAUAAUGUUCACUACUUAAUGGAUAAUGGUGUUGCAAAUAAAGCUUAAUCAAGCUCCUGAAGCCAGAUAUUGAAAAACAGAGAAACAGAAAGUGUGUUAUCAAAUGAAGUUGCUUGAAAGAUGAACUUUUUAAUCGGACAUCUCAUCAGACAAACGAUAAAAAAAUGCACGAAAUGAAGAAUUGUGUUCCCAAGUAAAUACUAACGAUGUAAUCGCCAAAUGAUCUAUAUAUAAUUGUUCCAUCGCGAUGUUCACCGUAAAACUGCGCUUUUCCAAAAAAAAAACAUUCCGAUUGGACCGCGAAUUUAAAAAAAGAUUACGAAGAAACUUAGAGUUGGGCGAUUUACACUUCUUUUGGAAUGCAGUAAAAAUCAAGGCAGAUCCAAAAAUCGACGUAGAUUUCACGAAAGGAAUGUCGGCCUUGUCGAUUUAUGGCCACGAUUAUCGAACUCCAGUGAGCGAAAAUGUUCCUGAAAGUUCCUUGUACAUCAAACCUGAUAUAAUAUCUAAAUUGAACAAGUUAAACAUCAGUGAUAAAAACGAAGAAGAUUGUAACGCAAAUAUACCACAGCAGGACAACGAAAUCAAUAUUACACAAGGAGUCUCUUGUCUUAGUAUAAGCGACGUCAAUUUGAAAACUUUGUACGAUAAACUAGAGAAUCUUGACAUGUCAGAUAAUACAAAUGAAGAAGAACAACCUCGCGAUUACGUGGACAAAUAAAGAAGAACAAUGUAAAUGUUACGUGUGUGAGACAAUAGCGACAAAACAUAGCUAAGAGUAAUCAAAAUACAAGAUUCUAAAUAGAAGUAUAUAUAUAUAUAUAUAUAUAUAUAUA